GAUGUGACGUUAUUUACGCAGUCUAACCCAGUUAGCGAAGCUCUAACAACAUUCCCAAUGGACGAAGAAAACUGCGCUGAAAUCUCAAACGCAGGCGGCGUCCUUCCGCUGGCGUCUCUUCGGCUGCUGGUUCCUCCGCUGCACCUGAUGUCUGCCUUCAUGUGGCAGGUGCUGCAGCAGAAGAGCACGGUGCAUUAUGGGAAGCUGGAGGAGUUUGUGUGCGAGGUGACCGAGGCGCUGCCGCAGCUGCUGGACUUCAGAGCCAGGGCUCAGCUGAUGCUGGGUCUGAGAGCCCGGAUGGUUCUGGAGCUGUGUCGCUCCGCAGAGAACCCCAGAGCCGUGCAGAUCCAGCUGGACAAGAUCCGGAUCCCAGCCGCUCCGCCCGGACUCACGGACUCUGACGCUGAUCUCAGGACGUCUGUCACGAACUUCAGAGCUCUGGUUGUGGCGCUGCUGAAGGACCCGGUGGAGAAGGCCUACUUCUUCCAGGAGGUGUUUCCGCUGGAGUAUGGCUCUCGUUUCGACACUGCACUGAAGGAACUGAUGUGGGAGCUGCUCUCUUCUCUGGAUAAACUGCUUCCUGUGCCAGACUUUAAAAAAACGCUGGCCUGGCUCGAUCCUGCCCCUGCUGGUCUGGAGGAGUGUUUCUGGAGGGACCCGAGCGACCUGCGUCUUCUUCUUCAGCAGCACCAGCUCUUCGGAGGAGCUCUCAGCGGACAGAGAGGCAGAGCGGGCUCUCUUCCUCGCUCGUCCGGAGACUGCAUUGUCUCGUCUCUCUCUGUGCCUCCGUCUGCACGCCUGGCUCUGUCCGAGCCGGUUCUGUAUCAUGUCCAGCCGCAGACGCUGGCCAUCCUGAGUCCGCUGGGCUCCGACACCAUCAUCGUCACCGAUUACAGCGAGGUGGAGCUCAGCAGCCAGGAGGAGGCCGAGGAGGUGGUGCUGCAGCACGUCCCUGAAAGACCCCAGAACCAAGUCCUGAAAGAUGAGCCCAGCCAGCAGAACACAGACCAGGAGAGAGACGUGGCCGCUGCAGGAAGUGACACGCCUGAGCCACAGGAAGUCAAGCUUCCCGAAUCAGAAGCUGACCGGACGCCGCCGCAGCGGAGGGGCAGAGGAAGGCCCAGAAAAAGUACAGAGGCGCCUGACCCCAAAACCGUGGUAAAAACACCACGUCGACGAGUUAAAGCAGAGAACAUCACAGAGGAAUGGAGUGCUGCUGACCCGAAUGGAGAUCAUAACGAUGGCUCUUCCGAGCUUCCAAGCACAGCUCCUUCAAGCGGCACAUAUCGCACACGGAAAACCCUCAAAUCCGAGCCUCCGGCCACCGACAACCCUCGCGCUCGGCACGCGUGUGAAACCUGCGGCAGGAAGUUCACACGCCGGUCGGACGUCCAGCGACACCAGCUGACACACACGGGCGAGCGGCCUUUCCACUGCAGCCAGUGCCAGAAGACCUUCCAGCACGCCUGGGAUCUGACCAAACACUGCCGCAAGCUGCACGGAGAGGCCAGCUUCACCUGCCGUGUCUGCCAGAGCGCCUUCUCCAACCUGCGCCUGCUGACGGCACACCACAAGAAGAGCCACGCCGACGAGCUGCCGCACUACUGCUCCAUCUGCGGGGAGGCCAGCGGCUCACUCGGGGCUCUCGUGACGCACCGCAGGACACACAGCGCCCUGCAGCAGUACCGCUGUGACCAGUGCGGAGAGGCCUUCGACACGCUGCUGCAGAGAUCUCUGCACCGCCGCACCCACCGCCGCCGGACGCACUUCAAGUGCCCUCAGUGUGAGAAGACCUUCACGCGGCGCACCGACGUCAAGCGGCACCAGCUGAGCCACACGGGCGAGCGUCCUCACCAGUGCCCCGUCUGCAGCAAGCGCUUCGGGCUCCGCGCCGGGCUCCAGAAGCAUCUUGCGACACACACCGGCGAGCGGCCCUUUCGCUGCCCGUACUGCGACAAGAACUUCACGCAGCUGUCCAUCCUGCGGCGGCACGAGCGCAUGCACACGGGCGAGCGGCCCUACCUGUGCUCUCAGUGCGGCAAGCGCUUCCUCUCACUCGGGGAGCUUAUCAAGCAUGACAAAACACACGGUGACGAGCGGCCCCACGCCUGCCCGCAGUGCCACAAAAGCUUUAAGCUGAAGCGCGCUCUCCAGGAGCACCUGCUGGCCCACAGCGGGGCCCGGCCCUUCCCCUGCGUCUACUGCGGGAAGAUGUUUGCCAAGCCCUUCGCGCUGACCCGGCACCACCUGAUCCACACAGGCGAGCGGCCCUUCUCCUGCGCUCACUGCGAGCGCACCUUCCUGACCUCCAGCGAGCUGGCCCUUCACGAGCGCAUCCACACGGGUGAGCGGCCCUUCUGCUGCCCCGAAUGUCCCCGGCGCUUCCGCAGCUCCUCGGAGCUCGCCCGGCACCGCCGCAGUCACUCACAGGAGCGGCCCUACCGCUGCGCCUACUGCCCCAAAGCCUUCGCCAGUGCCGCCAAGCUCCAGAACCACACACGGGUCCACACCGGCCAGAGCAGGCCCAAGCGUCCGGCCAUGACUGAAGUGAGCGUCACUCUAGAGUGAAGGACCUGGACCGUGCGACCAGAGCUGCUUCUGACCACGCCGCCACACUGUGCCCAACACUACUGAAUAGAAAUAAAAAAGGUUUCUUAUUUGAAGAGCUUUUUUUUUUCGCAGUUCUGACUUUUUUUUCCUCAGAUUUGGGUGAUUAAAAAAAAUCACAUUUGCAAAAUAUAAACUCGCAAUUCUGAAAAAUAAGUUCAGAAACUUGGUGUUUUUUUCCUCUAAAUUGAGCCGUACGAACUCACAAUUCUGAAAAAAAAAACAAUUGCAGUUCUGAGAAAUAAAGUUGCAAUUCUGAUCAAGUCAAAAAUGUGAGAUAUGAACUCAGAUUUAAGCUUGCGAUUCUGAGAACAUAGUCUUUUUUUUCCCCCUUCAGAAUUGGACUUUACUUCUCAGGAUCACCCAAUUAUCUCCCACUUUUGAAAAAAAAAACAACAAAUCAGAAUUGCAAUAGUAGUAAUCGAUAACCUUUCGUACUUAAUUAAUAUGUAAUUAAUGUGGAACUGCUGAAUUUGAAGGAUGAGCUGCAGAAGUGUGUUUCCUCAAACUCUUCUCUCAUUGGGCUGUCAAAAUACAUGGUCCCGCCCCAAACUCACCUCAUUGGAUGUCAGGCCAUUAAUACAAACCAAUCAAAGAAAGCCUCGCUUGAGCUCUAAGUCACUCAAACAGACCAGUGUUCAGAGGUUUUGUGUGAGAAGCUGAAUGUGUGAGAACGUCCAGAAGGUGGCGCUCUUCAGAGAGCUCAUUUCAGUCUGACCCUGAAAGGUGAAGCUUCUCUCUUCAGGUAGUUCAGAUGCUUUAUGUUGAUGCUGCAGGUGAUUUAUGUUCUUGAGACAUUUGUGUUAGAAUAAGGGUUUAUGUUGUGAUGCAUCUUUCAAAUGUCUAUUCAUUGGAGUUGUUUUAACUAUUCCCACUCUCUUAGACUAAACAUGCAUAAAUGAAGACAUGUAAAUAAAAAAGGCUCUUUAGAAAUAUAAUACGCUAUUUAAAAAAAGCACAAAUUUACAGGUCAUCAAAUGUUUUAUGCUUUGUUUACUGAUUUCAGAUGUGGUUUCAACCUAACAUUGUACUCUGAGUUUCUUUCAUGU